UAAGUCUAUGUACAAUUUAAAAUUUUCCCGCUGUUUUUCUUCACAUUGGCUUUCCUGGUUCUCCAAAUCUGAAGCUUGUAUGAUAGCUGAUUUUUCUUGAUCCCUAUGCUCAUUAAACGCUUACUCGGUCGUCGUCUCAUUUCUUUUGUUCGCUUUUCCAGUUUUCCCCGCUCACGCUAUUUCGCAUGCUGCCCUAAUACACAAGGUACUUUCUGGCUAGUGGAUGGCGCUUUGCUGAAAAUACUUGCCUCACUUUCUGAACGAAUGCUGAAGAAAAAUGAACAAGUUCUGUUCAAGUUUUUUGGAUCUCAGUCGCCAAAAUACUUACCUACGAAACAGAAUUGAAAAUAUCGAUGUGGAUCAUGGGAUUGUGUUCUCCUUUGAGUCAAACACACAGUUAUGUGAUAUGACUAUCGACUGUGUUGAGUCUCGCCUACUACUUGUUGGGUCACAGGACGGACAUAUACAUAUAUUUGAUGUUGAAGACCCAAGGGUCUGGAGUCUUGAUUCAAUUAAACAUACUUCUAUUGCGUCCAUUUGCAACAGAAGAAGUGGUGGUUCAGGGUUUAUGUCAAAAGGGUCUCCACUAGUUUGUAUGCAAUGGUAUCCAGUUGACAGUGGUUCCUUCAUAUCGGCAUCAGCUAACAAAAUUCUCGGCAUAUGGGACACCAACCGCCUUGAGGUAUGUCUAACUUUUUACAGUAUAUCCAUUAUUCUGAGAUUAAGUGAUAUCGCACGAGUUUAUCGUAUGUUUACACGAUGCACCAACUUUUAUCAGCGUAAGAUCUCGGCAUGUCAGAAUUCCCUGCUAGCAUUGUUGUGCUUACAACUGCUAUCGGAGUAUAAACUACUUACAAGUAUAACCUCUGAGGGUCCUGGUCAUCAUAAUUCGGAUUAUGCCUUGACUUCACGCAUAGACUUCCAAAUAAUUUCUAGUAGUUUAAUUCUAAGUUUUCUUUUUAAAUCAUUCGUGGAAAUCCUGAUUAUUUAUUAUCUGCUUUCAAGCUAACAUUUCUCAUGAGUCAAUGAUGAACUAUGGUGACCAAUCUUCCGGUUG